UUUUGUUCCAGUGUAAUUUCCCACUAUAACAUACUCUCUCCCAUCUCUCUCUCUCUCCUCCCUGUCUUUCUCUCUCUAGAUCUCUCCAUCACCUCUACCUUUUGCUUCUCCGGUGGUUUCAAACCUCUCACCGGCGGUGACUCAACCGAAUCUAAUCCCUAACAGAUCACAACCGCAUCUGAUCCGUCGUCGUUUUGAUCUCUCCCUCCGUCACCAUGGCGGCCGCUAACGCUCCGAUAACUAUGAAGGAAGCACUUACGUUGCCGAGCAUAGGGAUCAGUCCGCAGUUUAUUACGUUCACAAAUGUAACGAUGGAGUCGGAUAAGUUUAUAUGUGUUCGCGAAACGUCUCCUCAGAAUAGCGUUGUGAUCAUUGACAUGAGCAUGCCAAUGCAGCCGCUAAGGAGGCCAAUUACGGCUGACUCGGCUCUUAUGAAUCCGAUUUCGAAGAUUCUGGCUUUGAAAGCUCAACUUCCUGGGACAACUCAAGAUCACCUGCAGAUAUUUAAUAUUGAGAUGAAAGCAAAAAUGAAGUCACAUCAGAUGCCUGAGCAGGUAGUCUUUUGGAAGUGGAUUACACCUAAGAUGUUGGGCAUGGUAACCCAGACCUCAGUAUAUCAUUGGUCCAUUGAAGGUGAUUCUGAACCUGUGAAGAUGUUUGAUAGAACAGCCAAUCUAUCAAAUAAUCAGAUAAUUAAUUACAAAUGUGAUCCAUCUGAGAAAUGGCUGGUGUUGAUUGGAAUUGCCCCUGGCUCACCUGAGAGACCUCAGUUAGUCAAAGGAAAUAUGCAACUAUAUUCUGUUGAUCAGCAGCGAAGUCAAGCUCUUGAAGCACAUGCAGCAUCUUUUGCCAGCUUGAAAGUUCCAGGCAAUGAGAACCCUUCAAUUCUCAUUUCUUUUGCAACAAAAAGUUCUAAUGCUGGACAGGUUACUUCAAAGCUGCAUGUUAUUGAGCUUGGCGCCCAACCAGGGAAGGCCUCAUUCACUAAGAAACAAGCAGACCUCUUUUUUCCUCCUGACUUUGCAGAUGAUUUUCCUGUGGCCAUGCAGAUAUCCAACAAAUAUGGUUUGAUCUAUGUCAUCACCAAGCUGGGUCUCUUAUUUGUGUAUGAUCUUGAAACCGCCACUGCGGUUUAUAGAAACAGAAUAAGCCCAGAUCCCAUUUUCCUGACAUCUGAAGCUUCAUCAGUUGGGGGCUUCUAUGCAGUAAAUAGACGUGGACAGGUGUUACUUGCUACUGUGAAUGAAUCCACAAUUGUUCCAUUUGUUAGUGGGCAGUUAAACAACCUGGAGCUUGCUGUCAAUCUUGCCAAACGUGGAAACCUACCUGGUGCAGAGAAUUUGGUUGUUCAGCGUUUCCAAGAAUUGUUUGCUCAAACCAAAUACAAAGAAGCUGCUGAACUGGCUGCUGAAUCUCCUCAAGGCAUUCUCCGUACACCGGAUACAGUUGCAAAAUUUCAGAGUGUACCUGUGCAAGCUGGACAAACACCACCAUUACUGCAGUACUUUGGGACCUUACUGACAAAAGGAAAACUAAAUGCGUUUGAAUCUUUGGAACUAUCACGAUUAGUCGUCAAUCAAAACAAAAAGAAUCUUCUAGAAAAUUGGUUAGCUGAAGACAAGCUGGAAUGUAGUGAGGAACUCGGAGACCUUGUGAAGACAGUGGAUAAUGAUCUUGCUUUGAAAAUAUACAUUAAAGCGAGAGCGACCCCAAAAGUUGUUGCAGCUUUUGCUGAGAGAAGGGAGUUUGACAAAAUUCUCAUUUACUCCAAGCAGGUUGGAUAUUCACCUGAUUAUUUGUUCCUUCUGCAAACAAUUCUUCGCACGGACCCGCAGGGAGCUGUUAAUUUUGCUUUAAUGAUGUCCCAAAUGGAAGGAGGUUGCCCUGUUGAUUACAACACCAUUACAGAUCUUUUCCUUCAGAGGAACUUGAUACGAGAGGCGACAGCUUUCCUCUUGGAUGUUUUGAAGCCCAACUUGCCAGAACAUGCUCACCUACAAACUAAGGUCCUUGAAAUCAACCUUGUAACAUUCCCUAAUGUUGCUGAUGCCAUAUUAGCUAAUGGUAUGUUCAGUCACUAUGAUCGUCCUCGAAUUGCUCAACUAUGUGAGAAAGCCGGUCUUUAUGUCCGCGCCCUUCAGCAUUAUAGUGAACUACCAGAUAUCAAACGUGUUAUUGUGAAUACUCAUGCAAUAGAGCCACAGUCUCUUGUAGAAUUUUUCGGAACUUUAUCAAAAGAAUGGGCGCUUGAGUGCAUGAAGGAUCUUUUACUGGUCAAUUUGAGAGGAAACCUUCAGAUAAUUGUUCAGGUUGCAAAAGAAUAUUGUGAGCAACUUGGUGUUGAAGCAUGUAUUAAACUUUUUGAACAAUUCAAAUCAUAUGAAGGCCUCUACUUCUUUCUGGGAUCGUAUUUGAGUUCCAGUGAGGAUCCUGACAUACACUUCAAGUACAUCGAGGCUGCUGCAAAAACUGGUCAAAUUAAGGAGGUAGAACGUGUCACUAGGGAGUCAAAUUUCUAUGAUGCUGAAAAGACCAAAAACUUUUUAAUGGAAGCCAAGCUUCCUGAUGCAAGACCAUUGAUCAAUGUCUGUGAUCGGUUUGGCUUUGUUCCAGAUCUCACUCACUACCUCUAUACCAACAACAUGCUUCGGUAUAUUGAAGGUUAUGUUCAAAAGGUCAACCCUGGGAAUGCUCCACAAGUUGUUGGACAGCUUCUAGAUGAUGAGUGCCCUGAAGAUUUCAUCAAAGGUUUGAUUUUGUCAGUUCGUUCUCUGCUUCCAGUUGAGCCGCUUGUAGAUGAGUGUGAAAAGAGGAACCGACUUAGGUUAUUAACUCAAUUUUUGGAGCAUUUGGUGAGUGAAGGAAGCCAAGAUGUACAUGUUCAUAAUGCUUUGGGUAAGAUUAUCAUUGAUAGCAAUAACAACCCGGAGCACUUCCUUACCACAAACCCAUAUUAUGAUUCCCGUGUUGUGGGGAAAUACUGUGAGAAGCGUGAUCCUACGCUCGCUGUCGUUGCUUAUCGCAGAGGCCAAUGUGAUGAUGAACUCAUUAAUGUCACAAGCAAAAACUCCCUAUUCAAACUGCAAGCAAGGUAUGUUGUGGAGAGGAUGGAUGGCGAUCUUUGGGAGAAGGUUCUUAACCCGGAGAAUGAAUACAGAAGGCAACUAAUUGAUCAGGUUGUUUCUACUGCUUUGCCUGAGAGCAAGAGCCCUGAGCAGGUUUCCGCUGCUGUUAAAGCUUUCAUGACUGCUGAUCUUCCUCAUGAACUAAUCGAGCUUCUCGAGAAAAUUGUCCUCCAAAACUCUGCUUUCAGUGGGAAUUUCAAUCUACAAAACCUGCUUAUUUUGACAGCCAUUAAAGCAGACCCAUCACGAGUUAUGGACUACGUUAAUAGGUUAGAUAACUUUGACGGACCUGCGGUUGGUGAGGUGGCCGUAGAAGCACAGCUUUACGAAGAAGCAUUUGCGAUAUUCAAGAAAUUCAACUUAAAUGUUCAAGCAGUCGAUGUUCUGUUGGAUAAUAUUCAAAGUAUUCCACGGGCUGUUGAGUUUGCAUACCGUGUUGAAGAAGACGCGGUAUGGAGCCAGGUGGCAAAAGCACAGCUCAAGGAGGGAUUGGUUAGUGAUGCAAUUGAGUCGUUCAUUCGUGCUGAUGACGCUACUCAAUUCUUGGAUGUUAUUCGUGCUUCUGAAGACACAGAUUGCUACCAUGAUUUGGUUAAGUAUCUUUUGAUGGUUAGAAACAAGAUCAAGGAGCCAAAGGUAGACAGUGAGCUCAUCUACGCAUACGCAAAGAUUGACAGGUUGAGUGAUAUUGAGGAAUUUAUCCUCAUGCCAAAUGUUGCAAAUCUUCAUAAUGUUGGCGAUCGUUUGUUUGAUGAAGAGUUGUAUGAAGCCGCUAAGAUAAUAUAUGCUUUUAUCUCCAACUGGGCUAAGCUUGCUGUUACACUUGUGAGGCUACAACAGUUUCAAGGUGCCGUCGACGCUGCUCGUAAAGCAAAUAGUGCAAAGACAUGGAAAGAAGUUUGCUUUGCUUGUGUUGAUGCCGAGGAGUUCCGAUUGGCUCAGAUUUGCGGGCUCAAUAUCAUUGUGCAGGUGGAUGAUCUGGAAGAGGUGAGUGAAUACUACCAAAACAGAGGAUGCUUCAAUGAGCUUAUAUCUCUCAUGGAGAGUGGUUUAGGGUUGGAACGGGCCCACAUGGGCAUUUUCACCGAGUUGGGUGUCUUAUAUGCCCGAUACCGUCACGAGAAGUUAAUGGAGCAUAUAAAACUCUUUUCGACCCGUCUCAACAUCCCAAAGUUAAUCCGCGCUUGUGAUGAGCAACAACACUGGAAAGAGCUUACUUACCUAUACAUUCAAUAUGACGAGUUUGACAAUGCUGCGACAACUGUCAUGAAUCAUUCCCCGGAAGCUUGGGAUCAUAUGCAGUUUAAGGAUAUUGCAGUUAAAGUUGCAAAUGUCGAACUUUAUUACAAGGCGGUUCAUUUCUAUUUAGAAGAACAUCCCGACCUUAUUAAUGAUGUUCUUAAUGUUCUUGCUCUACGUGUUGACCAUACACGUGUUGUAGACAUCAUGCGCAAGGCGGGUCAACUUCCUUUAGUCAAACCAUAUAUGGUUGCAGUUCAGAGCAACAACGUAUCUGCUGUGAAUGAAGCUUUGAAUGAAAUAUACGUUGAGGAGGAAGAUUACGAUAGAUUGCGUGAAUCUAUUGAUUUGCACGAUAACUUUGACCAGAUUGGUCUUGCACAGAAGAUUGAGAAACACGAGCUUCUUGAGAUGAGGCGUGUAGCUGCAUAUAUUUACAAAAAAGCCGGUAGAUGGAAGCAGUCUAUUGCACUGUCCAAAAAAGACAAGGUUUACAAAGAUGCAAUGGAGACCGCUUCGCAAUCUGGGGACCGUGAGCUGGCUGAAGAGUUGCUUGUUUAUUUCAUUGAGCAGGGAAAGAAGGAAUGCUUUGCUUCCUGUCUAUUUGUGUGUUAUGAUCUCAUCCGCCCAGAUGUUGCUCUCGAGCUAGCCUGGUUAAACAACAUGAUUGAUUUUGCUUUCCCAUAUCUGCUUCAGUUUAUCCGGGAAUACACCGGCAAGGUUGAUGAGCUGAUCAAAGACAAGAUCGAAGCAAUUAAGGAAAGUAAGGCCAAAGAGAACGAGGAGCAGGAUAUUGUUAAACAACAGAAUAUGUAUGCUCAGCUACUACCUCUUGCACUACCUGCUCCACCGGGUAUGGGUGGAGGAUUUGCUCCACCACCACCCAUGGGUGGAAUGGGGAUGCCGCCAAUGCCGCCGUUUGGAAUGCCGCCAAUGGGUUCUUAUUGAUUGAUGCGUUGACUUAGUGAAUGGUGGUGGUUAUGCGGGUUACUUUUUGAAGAUUGAAUUUGUUAUAGUGUUGAGUCUAAUGGUGUUUUUCUUCUAGUGUGGAUAUGCUCUCAUUGUAAUAUUCUUUCGGAUAGACGGAGGCAUUUUUUUGCAGCUUGUAGGCAGCAAAACGAGUAUAAUGUUAAAUUGUGUCAUGUGUAUGAAAACAUGGGUCAGAGUCGAUAGGACGGAUAUGCUACUUUUCAAUACUUUUUCCAACAAGUAUCUGGACAAUGUUAAGUUUGCUUUUCUUGAUUAAUGGUCAUGGGUCUCAUAA